AUGAAGAUCAAUGCUCAGAUAUCUUGCAUCCCUACGAGUUGCUCCUUCAACAAACAACAACAACAACAACAACAACCAAACGCGACAGUAGUAGUACUGAUUGCGUAUCCAUUUCGUAUAAAAGAUCUCCAACCUGAGUCCUGUGGCUCUGGUGCACCAGGGUUUGACGUCUACUGCGACAACAUCACAACUAAACUACUCCUUGAACUUCCUGGUGGUCGAAACCACUUCAGUAUCGAAUACAUUGACUAUAAUACCAAACAAAUUCACCUCUCUGAUCCUAAUCACUGUCUUCCCAAAUUAUUGAUGUCUUCAAAUAAUAGUCUUUCUCCUUUUCGAGCAGCAUAUAGAAAUGAGGAUUUUUGGGUGUUUAGCUCUCCUGGGAAUUCAAGCAGCAGAAUUUACUACAGAAGAUUGGAUCAGAUACAUUGUCUUAGUGGAUCAAAUCAUACAGUCAUAAGUGUUCUUGGCGGAGAUAUUGAUCUUCUUUUUCUUCCCUUGCGUUUGAAUUGCAGGCUGUUGGAGAUUGUCUUUAUACCGAUGGAUUAUUCUAGUCGCUACCAACAACCACGGGUACGGCUGAGUAAUCAAACACAGAUUUACCUUACUUGGGGAAGCCCGGCGGCAGCUCCCCCUGAAAAAUCUGGUGAUCCAUCAGCAUCUAAAAUGUCGAAAACCUGGGCAGCACUAAUUACUGCUGGAUCAGCGAUCUCUGGAUUGAUAAUUAUGAUCGCAUUGCCUUGUUGCUUAUGCCUUUGCGUAUCAGGACUUGAUCAGACAACAAUCAAUUCUUAUCCAACACUGGUUGUAGUAGAAGAUAACAGACGCGAAGCAGAUGGUGAAAUAUGUCCUAUUUGCUUGAAUGAUUACUCCCCUAAUCACAUUCUCAAGAUACUACCAAAUUGUCAUCAUCGUUUUCAUGUUGGUUGUAUUGAUGAAUGGCUUCGUGCUAAAGGUAACUGCCCUGUUUGCAGAACUUCUCCCCUUCCACCUGAUGGUGCUUCAGCUUAA